AUGAAACUCACGUCCGCCCUUGUGCUUUUAUUCAUCGCUAGUGCGCAAGCAGGAACAACAGUGACCGGAAUCCCAGCAUCGGACUCAAACGGUUUUACUAUCACUUAUGACUCCGGCUCGUAUGAUACCAGCUCGCUUUCCUCUUUCCUCUCUUCCGAGUCAGCAUCUGUGCAGAGCUUGCUCUCAUCCCUCAGCAUUACCACCCCCACCGGCGUACCUACUAGUGGCAUACCCACUUCCAUACCUACUUCCAUCGGCACAAUUGCUCCCACCGUAACGCCUCCUUCGUCCAUGACGCAUGUGUUCAUACUGAUCGGAGGACAACGUGCGGGGAUAAAAGUCGAGAGGCUGAAACUCUUACAGGGGCUAGCAAUCAAUCGGCACAGCCACAGGCAAAGGACCUCUGACUCUAGCCGCCACCGGAAGGGUGUUUAUCCAAAAAGUGUUGGUUAUGGACAAUCUGGACUUGGCAAGUCUGUCGCAGACUAUGGUUGGAUUCGACCGGAGUUGUAUUCCUUACUGGCAACGCUGUCACUUCCUGUAUUCCAUGGGCUCAAUUUCAGCUCUCAGUCCGAGCCAUCCGGAGCUCAUGAUAACCACGAGGCACGAGGUCUCUGUAUCUCCGCCGGUCCCAGAAUUACUACAAACUGCACUGACAGCGAUAUAUCAGUCGAUAUCCUCGUUAUGCAAGAUGUCCAGCUACUGGGUACUAGUCUUAUCAAAGAACACCAUGAAGUUCAGUUUUCAAAAAGACCUAGCGGAAUGCCCUCCCCGUGGUCGAGCUUAUCAGCCGCUCGAUCAAAUCGCUUUGAAAGAAGACAGAAGGCACGUGCUACUAGUGACACGCCAGUGAAAGACAACCGGAAGAGUUCCUCCCUCUGCUAUCGACCCACUUCAGAAGCAACUUGCUAUGUUCCUCACCCGGGCGAGAUGCAAGAUGGACCCACUGGCUAUAUGGCAAAUUCAAAGACGCAAACGCAGAAUGGCAUGCAAUGGUUUCCCGGAAGAGUACCGCCGAAGCUAGCAGGGGCCCCAGGAGAUUCCCCCGAAAUGUCUACCUAUCGUAUGACAGACUGUCCCUCGCCAGGGUUGCCUUGA